AUGAAUCGACCUCUUUUUCGAGCAAGAAAUCUUGAUCCGAAUAAACGUAUACCACUGCUCGUUGAUCAACAUGAUGAUAACAAUAAUGAUCUCACUAAUUCAUCAACAAAAUCAGCUCCUAGCAGUAAUCUUCUUGUUUCCCUUUCAUCCACACCCACCACCACAAAUCAGACAACUCAAAAUCCAAUCGGAUCAACUUCACAAUUACCACAACGAUGUGUAUCACAAAUGCCAUUUGUGUCGGGCAUGGAACGAGAAGAAGAAGCGGAGUAUCACCUUCAAAAUGCUCUCGAUGCCCAAUGUCGACUUGGUUCAGCUAAAAUGCGUGCUGUACCAAUACCUGAUUUGUACGAAGAUCAAAAUAGUAAAUCCAUCUAUCCAAACAAUAAUCAAUUGCCUAAACAGCUUAUUCGUUUGCAACCUUUGCAACUUGAAUCUGAUGAUCCUGAAUAUGAUAUGGAUGAAGCUGAUCAUAAUUGGUUUCACAAUUCAGCUCGUAGUUUAUGUCCAGAUCUUACAUAUCUUGAAUAUGAAAUCAUUGUUGAUAAACUUGAGAAUGCCAGUACGCGAACGCUUGCUUCGUUGGAUGAAGCACGAGCAUUGUUUGCAUCUUCAACACCUCCGAUCAUCAAUAAUUUACAUAUAAAUACUGUUUAUGAAUUUUGGUAUAAACGUCGAACAACACGGGACAAACGAUUGAAGCCACGUUUACUCACCGAACGUGAUAUCAAAGAAGAGAAAGGGAAACAUCAUCCAUACGUUGCUUUUCGACGGCGGGUUGAAAAAAUGACAACUAGAAAAAAUCGAAAAAAUGAGGAGCAAGCCUAUAUGUCAAUGCUCAAAUUACGUUCUAGUUUCGAAACCGUCGUCAAGCUAACGAAUCUGAUCAAACUGCGUGAAACAACCAAAGUGUCAUGGCUCGAAUGCGCACUAGCAAUUUUCCAAGCACGAUGCGAAUCGAAACCUGAUGACGAAACAACAUCUACGACACAAUCAUCGACUUCAUCGUUGUCGACAAAUCACGAUCGACAUCAUCAUGCUCGUUCCCAUUUGAAAACAUCUUCAUUGAUGAAUAAUAAUAGUAACCUAACAGCUAUUCAGCGUCAACAAUUAUUAACACAAUUGUUACGGAUUGAAAAUCACAAGAGAAAUCCACUGACAUCAUCAACAUUGACUAGUCUUUUACAAACACCAGUACAGUCACGAUCAUUAUCGAAUGAUUCUAAUGAUCUAUUUCAAAGAAAGAUUAAAAAAUUUAAAUCAUCACAUAAAAAAUCUAAUCAAACCGAUAAACUAACUCAAUUGUUGUCUUCGCCAACAACACCUUUAUCACCUAUUGCAAAUAAUAUCGGACGAACAUCAACAAAUAUUUCACCGCAAUCAUUACUUGAACGAUUGUCAUCAUCGAAUGUUGCUUCUUCACCUUCGCAACAAUUAAUAAAUCGACGUCGUUUAAAAAACUCCGUAUCCGGAACUAAUAAACAAGGAAAAGCUAAUCGAAAUUUACCACCUUCGAACUUAUGGUCUCUGGUAGACAAUACAUCAGGUGGUGCUAUCUUGUUUAAAAAUCAACUUCUUGAAGCAGCAAGAAAAAUACAACAGAAAGAAGAGCUUGAAAAUAACGCAAAUAAUCGUCGUGUUAUUUUGCAAGAUGGUUCAUCUGUAUUUUCAAAUACAAAUGAAAAUAUUGAUAAUAGACUAGAUGAUGUAGGAACGAGUAUUGAUGAUGACGAAUCAAUUGAUCCUUGGCAAUUUCGGCCUAAAUCUGGAUGUAGAUAUCUCCGGCCUAUUGACCAAGAUCAACAACAGCGUGUUCAAUCUCAAUGUUCCAGUUUUUCGUCGUUUUAUUCACUGGCAUGUUCCGAACGUGGCCAUCUUGGAAACCGAAGAGUGCGAAUAGGUCGAGGGGGAAGACUACUCUACGAUCGUCAUAUCGAACAGGAGAAUAAUGAUUUUUCAUCUAUAACUAAAUCACAUUUCACUGACAAACCCAUACUAUGGUAUGUUUCGUCUCAACCAUCACUUGCUGAAUCAUAUCAUUUACACUCACAUUUAACAGUUCAUGAUCAUACAACAUCACUGGCUCAUCACUAUCAAUUGAAAUCAUCAUCAUCACGUUCAAUUGACUUGAACGAUUCAUUCUAUCAUGUAAAUAAUUCUAAUCCACUCUUAUCAUUAAAUGUAAAUGGUAAGCAUAGACCAUCAGUAUCAAUUGAACCUGAUCAUCCAUAUUCAUACUCAUCACGACAUAUUAAUCAGGCGUUACGCACAUUAGUUGAACCUCAAUUGUCAUCACCGUUCCCAUCGUUCGAUUCAGCAACUUCCACUAUUUCUACGCCGCAGAAGAUGAUCCUCGCAUCGACACCACCGCCACUAUCGUCAUCGAUGAUAAAUAAUCAGAGAAUAGACACUCCUCAACAGCCAUGCUAUACAAAAUCAUCAGCAUAUGUUGUCUCUCCAUCGACAUCAUUUUAUCCGUCACAUCACCACUCAUAUACUAUUCCAUCGGCACCACCACCAUCAUCUUCAACAACGUCAUCAUCAUGUGCUCUUGUACAAUUCGUUCAACUUCAUCGUAUACAUCCAUCGACGAAGACCCAUAAUUUUGCAUCAUCAUCAACACCGGUGACUACAUCUGAUUCUUGA